AUGGACGAGCAAUUCACAGCAGCAUCAAGUGACAAGAAGAAUAAUGUUGUGGUCAAGGUUGGAAUGGUUGGCGACAGUCAGAUCGGUAAAACAUCACUGAUGGUCAAGUACGUCGAGGGCACCUUUGACGAGGAUUACAUUCAGACGCUCGGUGUCAACUUUAUGGAGAAGACCAUCUCGAUCAGAGGCACAGAGAUCACAUUCUCCAUUUGGGAUCUCGGUGGUCAGAGAGAGUUUGUCAACAUGCUGCCCCUAGUGUGCAAUGACGCCGUUGCCAUACUGUUUAUGUUUGAUCUGUCGAGAAAGUCAACACUCAACAGUGUCAAGGAAUGGUAUAGACAGGCUCGUGGCUUCAACAAGACUGCCAUUCCCUUUUUGAUCGGAACAAAGUUCGAUGUAUUUGUAACACUACCAGCUGAAGAUCAAGAGGAGAUUACUAAACAGGCACGUAAGUUUGCUAGUGCUAUGAAGUCACCAUUGAUCUUCUGUUCUACGGCGCACUCGAUCAACGUUCAAAAGAUAUUCAAGAUCGUCAUCAGCAAAGCAUUCGAUCUCAACUGCACCAUACCAAAGAUUACAAACGUUGGCGAGCCACUGUUGGAAUAUUAA